AUGGCAUUGGUUACAUUUGUAAACAUUGCAGCAAGUCCCCUUUACAUCAAGGUGAAGCCACAGAAAAGCAUAUGGGUUAGCUUAGUGCAAGUGAUUUUCGUUGCUAUCAAGAAUCGGCACAUUCAAUUUCCUGAACCUGGUAAUGGUCUGCAAUACCACAAUAUUAGAGGAUUGGUAGUGGUUCCAUCAAGCAAAAUAAGGUUCCUGAACAGAGCAUGUGUGAUGAGGAUGGAUGCAGACUAUUCUAACAUGGAAGUGUUCAUUUCAAAUCCAUGGAACGUAUGCACGGUUGAGCAAGUCGAGGACCUCAAACGGUGCUACAGGCAGACACCAUGGACCGCUGUGUCGGUGUCACCAACUUUAAGAUACCGGCUGGCUCUAUACCAAUAUUUGAAGUCAUUACUUUCACAUUGUGGUCAGGAUGUUACGAAAGCAUCUGCAGUGGAGGCUAUUCGGAGGAAGGAGGCAAUAAAGCAAGGCCUGGUUUACGAUGCUGAUGGGACUGUUAGCAUGUCGGCAUUGUGGCUAGCCCCUCAAUGUGUUUUCUCUGGCCUUACUAGUGGACUUGGAUCAAUUGGACAGAUCGAUUUUUACUAUGCAGUGCUACCAAAGACAAUGGGUAGCUUGGCAUUGACCCUCCACCUCCUCGCAACGGGUAUCGCAAAUGUUGCAGCUACGGUGAUUGUCAAGCUUGUCAAAGUGGUCACAGGUAAGGGUGGAAGAGUAGGUUGGCUUCCUGAUAACCUGAACCAAGGACAUUAUGACUACUACUCUUUUCUACAUGCACUGCUUGGUAUUGCCAAUUUCAUCUAUUUUGUUGCUUGUUGUUACUGGUUUGAGGAACCAACACCAAACCAACUUGUUGAAUCUCAUGAAGAUGAAGAAGAUGGGGCAGAAAUAUAG